AGCAUACCUUUUUAGAAGGGAGGGAUUAUUCACUAGUUGAAGUUCGUGAUACUUUCUGCAGGAGCCCCAUACAGUAUGCCAGUCCUUGAAAAACGUAAUAUACAAUAUCCUCUUGUAUAAUUAGUUUUGCCACCUCCGCGCUUGAAUUAUGUUGUAUUGCGUCGAUAUACGUAGGUCCUCUGAUGCGCUCGAAGAGUAAUGGAGAAAGUAAACGAAACGACCCCAGGUGGCCAGGACGCUGGACUACCCGUCUUUGGAUACAUUUUUAAUUAAUGUGGUGUUUGGUCUUAGUUGUUUUGACUUUUUGAAUACAAAACGACCCUCCUAAUUCUCAAAAAUGACUGAAGAAAAUACGGAAUUUCCUAACGAUUUGCUGGAGAGUGUGAGAGAUGCUCUGGAAAGAAAGAUCAAGCUCACCCUGAAGAAAAUGGUGAAGCUGGAGGUCAAAGGUGACAAAGUGGAGAACAGAGUUCUGGCUUUGGCAACCCAUCGAGUCUAUCUGCUUACUGCAAGGGUCCCCUGCAAGAUUGAACAAACCUUCAAUUACCUAGAUAUACAAGGGAUCACCAGUAACAAGCCCACUCAGUUGUUGCUGGAGUAUGACCGCGGCCAGCUUCCCCUGAAACUCGGCUCCGUGGAGGAUGCGGAUGAAGUGGUGGCUCACAUCGGAGCCUGUCUCCACAGGAUCUGUCCGGGCCUGUCCCCUGUGAAGGUGAUGAAAAAGUUGAUCCUGAAGCCUCCGGAGAGGAUGGCCACUCUACAGUCCCUGUGGGAGGACCAGGUCACAGACAUGGGGCCAUGUGGUGGUUUCUCUCACCAAUACUGGUGUCUCUGUGACCAUCUAGGUCUACCGUUCAAAGAGGAGGUGCAGUGGGAUGUGGACACAAUCUAUCAAACGCAGGACACGAGAGAACUGAACAUACAGGAUUUUGUACAUCUUGAGAACAGAGACUUGGUGGCCAUCAUUGGGGUCCUGGAGUAUAACCAAUGGUUCACUAAGCUCUCCACAAAGGACUACAAACUGCCCACAGAUGUGUGCGAACAAAUCUUGCGAGUGGUGGCCUGCUCUACUCGCUUAGAGGAGCUGGUUUUAGAGAAUGCAGGUCUCAGGAGUGAUUUUGCACAGAAACUAGCCAACACACUGGCCCAAAACCCUGCUACUGCCCUUCACACACUAAACCUCACAAACAACACCCUGGAGGACAAGGGUGUGUCUGCUCUCAGCACACAGCUAGCGAAGCUCCCACUGGGUCUCAAGCAUUUGAACCUCUCGAAGACCUCCAUGUCACAGAAAGGCAUUAACAGUCUGGCCCAGGCACUGAGUGCAAACCCAGCCAUACUGACUACUCUUACACACCUUGACCUCUGUGGGAACUCUCUCAGAGGAGAGGACCUCCCUAAUUUGUACAAUUUCCUGGGUCAGCCUAACAGCCUAGUAACUCUGGAUCUGUCCAACAGUGACUGCUCUCUUGAUCAGGUCUGUACUUCACUUCUGCGAGGUUCUGUGAAGAACCUCUCGGUGCUCAACAUGUCCAAGUGUGUUUUCUCCUACAAGAGAAAUAAAGAAGUGCAGCCUUCCUUCAAGCAGUUCUUUGGCACCUCCGUGGCCCUGAGCAGUGUCAAUCUCUCUGGAACCAGACUCCCUCUGGAGGCACUCAAGGCACUUUUACUAGGCCUUGGUUGCAAUCCUAAUCUCAGCGAAGUGUCACUGGAUCUUAGCAGCUGUGAGCUAAGAUCCGGAGGCUCUCAGAUUCUGGAAGGCUGUAUCGCCGAGAUUCCCAAUAUCUCCAGCUUGGACAUCUCGGACAACGGUUUGGAUUCAGACCUCUCCACUCUGCUAGUGUGGCUGGCUAAAAAUCGCUCCAUCCGCCACCUGUCACUGGGCAAAAACUUCAACAACAUCAAGUCCAAGAAUAUGUCUCAGGUCUUGGACAACCUGGUGCACAUGAUACAGGAGGAGGAAUCGCCGCUGACGUCUCUCUCCCUGGCCGACUCCAAGCUGAAGGCUGACCUGUCCAUCGUGCUGAACGCCCUGGGCAGCAACACCAGCCUGACCCGGCUGGACAUCAGCGGAAAUGCCAUGGGAGACAUGGGGGCCAAGAUGCUGGCGAAGGCCCUACAGAUCAACACCAAGCUUAGGACGGUACUCUGGGACAAAAACAAUGUCAGCCUACAAGGUCUCCAGGACGUGGCCACCGCUCUAGAAAAGAACCACACCAUCCGUUUUAUGCCGGUCCCCAUCAUUGACGCUGCCCAGGCCCUCAAGGCCAACCCUGAGAAAACCGAGGAUGCCCUACUGAAGAUGGAGCAGUAUCUACUUAGGAACCAUGAGACUCGAAAGUACCUCCAAGAGCAAGCCUACCGGCUGCAGCAAGGCAUUGUCACAACAACCACACAACAGAUGAUGGACAGGAUCUGUGUGAAGGUGCAGGACCACCUGAACUCUCUGAGGUACACAGAGACAAAUGUCAUCCAGGAAGACAUGAAGGUAGCCAGGAACCUAAUGAAGGAUGCCAGGAACUCUAAGAGGCUGCUACCUAACCUGUACCACCUGAAGGGAUCUCUGGGGGGCGUGGGUGGCCCCUGCAUCGGCCCGAUCCAGGAAAAGCUGGAGUCCAUGGCAGGGGAGCUGGCCAGGGUCAUGGAUGAGCAGCUGAAGACUUUAUUACAGCUGAUGGUGGAGACCGCAGAGGGGGUCUGUCCCCACGUGAUGAAGAGGAGCAACCUGCAUCAGGAGCUGGUAAAGGGGAGCACAGCCCGGAUUACCGUUCCACGUAGCUUUAUCACCAAGACACUUCUAGAGCAGUCUGGAGUCGACAUCAUCAACAAGAUCAGUGAGGUGAAGCUCAAUAUGGCGUCCUUCCUGUCAGACCGUAUAGUGGAUGAGAUCUUGGAAUCUCUGUCCUGUUCUCAGAACACUCUGGCAGAGCAUCUGGCCAGGAAAGGUCAGCCUCUUCUCCACCAGGAGCCCCAGCCAAUUGAGGUGCUGCAGGAGACAGUCCUUCAACCUGAGGCCCAGCAGCAGGACCUGAACCUUGCUGAGAGGCUGGAGGAGAUGGACACCUGUGUGAUGACCCCCAAGUCAAAGAGGAAGAGCAUUCUCUGCAGGAUGCAGCGGCCUGUAUCUGCUGCCUUCGAACUGGAAUUUGACCUAGACAAGGCCCUGGAAGAAGUGCCCAUACAUGAGGAGGACCCGCCUCCUUCUCCCCCCUUGGACAAGAAGCAGAUGUACUUUGGCGAGCUGCCCAAUGUGGAGGCCCAAAAGCUAGAGCACCACACCAAGCUCCGCCCCAAACCAAAAAAGAGGAGUAAACCUAGCCGUGCAGCAAGGGAAUCAAUCUGCACCUCUCCACUACCAGAAGUGGAGCAGAACAUCCUGGUAAAAGUUGAUGAGGGUGUUGAUGAAUUUUUCUACAAAAAAAUCACCAAACUUAGUUUCAAACGACCCACUCUGAGAGGCUUCUCGAACAUCCAGGAGGGGUCGGAAAAGAAACGUGAAUCACGGAAGAGCGGCUUCCUUAACCUCAUCAAGUCUCGCACCUCCAGGUCAGAGAAGAGCCACGCAGCAGGUGCCGUCGCCACACCGGCUUCUCCAACGGUCCCUACGGUCACCACUGUGACAGAGGAGCCCCUGUCCCCCAAGUCUCCAUUGCCUGACCACCAUGAAACUCCCCCUGCUCAUUCAGAAAAGCCCCCAACCCCUGAACCCACUGUGGAGCACCAUUCUGAGAGUGAGCAUAAGAGUAGUCCUCACGGUGUCCGGCACUUUGGAGUCCCCGUAAUGGGCGCCGUAAUGGGCCGGGACCUCUUGGCGGAGAUAAGAGCCAAGCAGGAGAGAAUGGCUGCCCAUAAGGCGGAUUCAUCUUCCUCCAAUCUGACUCAUCUUCAUCACAUUCCUCCAGACAAGCCUUACGGUAAACAAGGCAAGCCAGAGAGUCAGACAGCGUCUGGAAACGUAUCAGUAGCAGCCAAGUCUAAACCCACCGGCGCUGUAACUCUCAGCCCCCCAGCCCCCCGAAGGAUCGAGCACCAGCUUGGACCACGCUCCCCAGGAGCACUGAGCCCUCACACUAGCAGCAGCCACAACCCAGAUGAAACCCUUGACUGCCAUUUUGGCAACUUAUCCCCAAAAGUUCCAAUGCCAGCGCCUCGCCUGAAGAGGGCGCCCUCAGACUAUGAGAAGGAGGGGGAAAGUAGCCUCAUUGUUGUUGAGGUCACAGUAGACUCCAGCCCAUCUGAUGUGGACCAUGUGACGGACAGGUCUGCUGCUGGCGGGAGACAGUGGUCCUCCCUGGACAGAUCCGCUUCCCUUGAAACGGAAGUAGAGGUUCGCGAGAGAACCAAGUCCCUCCCUGCAUCUGUGAGACCUCCAUCUAUGGUGGACACCACCCACUGCCAAAGCCCUGUGUUUGAUCCAGACGACGGCAAUGAGGAGGGCCUGCUUCCACGGUGUUAUUCCCUUGACGUGGAUGACCCUCCACCCCCACCCACUCCUGACCCAAGACCAGACCUCGGGCCUGACGACAUGGAGGAAGACACCAUGGAUGAGAUCAGCCCUGUGUAGAGAGAGAUUCUACGUUUGGAUUCUCCCUACUGUACCAAAAGUGUUCCACAGAGUGUGCAAGUGCACACUUUGGACAAACGCAGCCAAUUAAUAAAUGAAAUCUUAUGGUGAAAAUCGUGCCAGUAUCGUAGGCUUUCAUUCACCCAGAAAUACUCUUGAUUGGCUUAUUCAAUUAACAAAUAAGGAUUGCUGUCUUCUAUGUAAUUGGAUGUAGUUUUUGUUUAUGUAAAUAUGUAUUAACAUACUGAAAUAGAUAUAUAUAUGUCUUGUAAAAUUAUUAUGGGAUAGAAAAUGUACCAGGGGCACAUUGAUCUAGUAAAAAAGGUUUAUUACGUUUAUUUGAAUAUGGACAGAUACAAUGACCAGAACACAUUGCGUGCACUAAUUUAAAGUGCCUUUUCCCAAUCUUGAAGUGAAACACAUAAAAGACAAAAAAAAACACAAUUACAAGCAUAAUGCAGCCUUCAUAUAGCUUUGUUUAAGUUAAAUACAUGCAUUGAGGGGCUUGGUGAUGGUUCCAGUAGGGUAGUUGUACUACAGCUAUAUUGAAUUAUACUGAAAACAUUUAAUUAUGUAUCUUUUUUUACUACUCA